AUGUGUUCAUAUUCAGUAUCUUUCGGUUUGAAACAAAUGCUUCUUCACACGACAUUAAUAGCACAUAAUGAACUACAAGAUAGUUAUGAUAUUGUUAUUAAAUUCCAUUCUGCAAAGAACUUACCAAAAAAAUUUCUUGGUCAUACUACUCCAUAUUGUGUAGCUAAAAUAGAUCAUAAAAUUUCGUAUACAUCAACUAUUAUAUCAAAAACGUCUUCACAUACAUGGGAUAAUGAAAAAUGGUUCGUUCGAAAUAUUCCCAUCAAUGCCAAACUUUCUGUUAAAGUCUACGAUAAAGAUGAUGAUCAAAUUGUUGAUGAUUAUAUUGGUCGAUUUGAUAUUAUUGAUCUUAUUAAUUAUACUCCUCCUGUCAAAGGCCAUAAAAUUAUUGGACUAUUUGGUCAACAUCACGGUUACUUUCAUUUAUCUAUUGAGUUGACGAAAUCAUCUGAUGAAACUAAACAUCUUCCACCUUAUACAUUCGAUGGUCCUUGUCGAUAUUUUCGUCACGAUUCAUUUGCUGUUGGUCGUUUAACUAUGCUCAAUACUGAUUAUGUUUAUUCAACAUGGAAAAUACAAAUACGACGAAUUUCUGAAUUUUUCAAACCUUGUGAUCGACAAUAUUGGAAUAAAAAAUAUCUUGCAGCUCGAACUAUAUUUGGUAAUUUUCCUCAUUCUUUGGCAUCACAAAGUACUAUUAAAUUAGCGCAUAAAAUUCUCUAUGGUCGAACAAUAAAAAAUACUGAAAGUGGUCAAUUAACAAAUGCUGAUCAGUUAUGGAAAUCAAUCUUUACCGAUCCGAUAACAAAAGAAAUUAAACCUUGUAUUUAUACAUAUAUAAUUGAUAAUAAUACAUGGCGAUUUAGUCAAACAGGUACACAAUUUUUUACAAAUUUUGCAAGUAAACAUGCCUUAUUAGCGAAUUGUUCUGAACAUGUUCGUUAUGCUGGUGAAUUUCAUCCUCGUCCAAAAUAUGGUUGGGAUAGAUGUGAUGAUGAAUGGGAAUUAGUAUUUGAUAAUGGAUCUGGUACUUAUGCACCAGAUGCCAGUCUCUUGAUUAAUUUGAAAGAAUUAUUAGCAUUUAAUUUUCCUGGUUUAAAUAUUGUUACAUAUAAUCGUGAAGAUCCACAAUUAAAACAAAAUAUACAACAAUUAAAGUUAUUUAUGGAAAAUUAA